GAGGCGGUAGAGGGGAGGUGGGGGGAGUCAGCAAGGACAUGGCUCCUGACUCCUGUGCGGAACAUGGUCUCUAGCGACCGGCUCGUGUCACUGGAGGACGAGGUCUCCCAUAGUAUGAAGGAGAUGAUUGGAGGCUGUUGCGUUUGCUCAGACGAGAGAGGCUGGGCCGAGAACCCGCUGGUUUAUUGCGACGGGCACGGCUGCAGCGUCGCGGUGCAUCAAGCUUGCUAUGGCAUUGUUCAAGUUCCUACUGGACCCUGGUUUUGCAGGAAAUGUGAAUCUCAGGAGAGAGCAGCCAGAGUGAGAUGUGAACUAUGCCCCCAUAAGGAUGGAGCUUUAAAAAGAACAGAUAAUGGGGGUUGGGCUCAUGUGGUUUGUGCCCUGUAUAUUCCAGAAGUUCAAUUUGCCAAUGUUUCUACAAUGGAACCAAUUGUUUUACAGUCUGUUCCACACGAUCGUUAUAAUAAGACUUGCUACAUUUGUGAUGAACAAGGAAGAGAAAGCAAAGCGGCCACUGGUGCUUGCAUGACAUGUAAUAAACAUGGAUGUCGACAGGCAUUCCAUGUAACAUGUGCUCAAUUUGCUGGGCUACUUUGUGAAGAAGAGGGUAAUGGUGCAGAUAAUGUCCAGUACUGUGGCUACUGCAAAUACCAUUUUAGUAAACUGAAAAAGAGCAAACGGGGAUCUAAUAGGUCAUAUGAUCAAAGUUUAAGUGAUUCUUCCUCUCACUCUCAGGAUAAGCAUCAUGAGAAAGAGAAAAAAAAAUACAAAGAAAAAGACAAACAUAAGCAAAAACACAAGAAGCAACCAGAAGCAUCACCAUCCUUAGUUCCAUCUUUGACUGUCACUACAGAAAAAACUUACACAAGCACUAGCAGUAACUCUAUAUCAGGAUCAUUGAAGCGCUUGGAAGAUACUUCAGCACGAUUUACAAAUGCAAAUUUCCAGGAAGUGUCUGCUCAUACCACUAGUGGAAAAGAUGUUUCAGAGGCUAGAGGGACAGAGGGCAAAGGGAAGAAAUCUUCAGCUCACAGCUCAGGUCCAAGGGGAAGAAAGCCCGGUGGUGGAAGAAAUCCAGCAACAACUGUUUCAGCAGCUAGUCCUUUUCAGCAAGGCAGUUUUUCAGGAACUCCAGGCAGUGUCAAGUCAUCUUCUGGAAGUUCAGUACAGUCUCCCCAGGAUUUCCUGAGCUUUACAGACUCAGAUCUGCGCAGUGACAGUUACACGCAUUCUCAGCAGUCAUCAGCAACCAAAGACGUACAUAAAGGAGAAUCUGGAAGCCAGGAAGGAGGAGGUGUAAAUAGUUUUGGUUCCUUAAUUGGUCUCCCUACGACCUCAGCUGUUAUUCCACAGCCUAAAAGCUUUGAAAACUCACCUGGAGAAUUGGGCAAUUCCAACCUACCUACAGCAGGAUAUAAAAGGGCUCAAACUUCUGGCACAGAUGAAGAAACUGUAAAGGAAAAGAAAAGGAAAGGAAAUAAGCAAAGUAAACAUGGGCCUGGUAGACCCAAAGGAAAUAAAAAUCAAGAGAAUGUUUCUCAUCUCUCCGUUUCUUCUGCUUCACCAACAUCCUCUAUAGCAUCAGCAGCAGGAAGUGUAGCAAGCUGUAGCCUUCAGAAAUCUCCUCCCUUGCUCAGGAACGGCAGUUUACAGAGUCUUAGUGUGGGCUCAUCUCCAGUUGGUUCAGAGAUUUCCAUGCAGUAUCGGCAUGAUGGCGCUUGUCCAACAACUACUUUCUCAGAGUUGCUGAAUGCAAUCCAUAAUGGUAUUUAUAACAACAAUGAUGUAGCAGUAUCAUUUCCAAAUGUAGUAUCUGGCUCAGGAUCAAGUACUCCUGUCUCCAGUUCUCAUUUACCUCAGCAACCUUCUGGUCAUUUGCAACAAGUAGGAGCUCUUUCUCCCUUAGCCACAUCUUCUGCAACUACUGCUGUUGCUACAACUCAGGCAAAUACCCUGUCUGGAUCUUCUCUUAGUCAGGCACCAGCUCAUAUGUAUGGCAAUAGGUUAAAUCCAAAUGCAUCAGUGGCAACUCUUGUAGCCCAGUCUGAAAACAGUCAAACAGAUCAAGAUCUUGGGGACAAUAGCCGGAGCCUUGUUGGCAGGGGAAGCUCACCCAGAGGAAGUCUCUCACCACGAUCUCCUGUAAGCAGCUUACAGAUUCGCUAUGAUCAACCAAGCAACAGCAGUUUGGAAAAUCUGCCUCCAGUAGCUGCAAGUAUAGAACAGCUUUUGGAGAGGCAGUGGAGUGAAGGACAGCAGUUUUUACUCGAACAGGGUACUCCUAGCGACAUUUUAGGAAUGCUGAAGUCAUUACAUCAACUUCAAGUUGAAAACCGAAGAUUAGAGGAACAAAUAAAAAACCUGACUGCCAAAAAAGAACGCCUUCAGUUACUGAAUGCACAACUUUCAGUGCCUUUCCCAGCAAUCACCAUGCACCCGAGUCCAUCUCACCCAGUGCGUGCAUUUCCAACGCAGACUGCUCCUGCUACUGAUUCCUUGAACAGCAGUAAGAGCCCUCAUCUCGGAAACAGCUUUUUACCUGAUAAUUCUAUUCCUGUGUUAAAUCAGGACUUGACUUCUAGUGGACAAAGCACCAGCAGUUCAUCAGCUCUUUCUACCCCACCUCCUGCUGGGCAGAGUCCCGCUCAGCCAAGCUCAGGAGUUAGUGGAGUUCAACAGGUCACUGGUGUGACAGUGGGGGCACUAGCUGGUGGAAUGCAGACUGGAACAUCCACCAUUGCUGCCGUGCCUGGAGUGGGUGGAAUAAUUGGAGCUUUGCCAGGUAACCAACUGGCAAUCAAUGGCAUUGUAGGAGCUUUAAAUGGGGUUAUUCAGACUCCUGUCACAAUAGCCCAGAACCCUGCCCCCCUCACCCACACCACUGUACCACCUAAUGCAACACAUCCAAUGCCAGCUACACUGACAAACAGUGCCUCUGGACUAGGAUUACUUUCUGACCAGCAACGACAAAUAAUUCUUCAUCAGCAGCAGUUUCAGCAGCUGUUAAAUUCUCAACAGCUCACACCAGAGCAACAUCAGGCCCUUCUGUAUCAACUGAUGCAACACCACCACCACCAGCAGCACCACCAACCUGAACUGCAGCAAAUACAGAUCCCUGGACCGACCCAGAUACCAAUAAACAACCUGCUUGCAGGUACUCAGGCACCACCACUUCACACGGCUUCCACUAACCCGUUUCUCACAAUCCAUGGUGAUAAUGCAAGUCAGAAAGUAACAAGACUUAGUGAUAAAGCUGGGCCUGUAGCUCAAGAGAAAAGUUGACACUUGGGAAACAUCUAGAAAGUACUCAUCCUGCUGUUCUAGCUGUUCGCUUGGCUGCUGUUCUAAGUUCUCUGCCGUCUGUGAGGAAAUGCAACAAGAAACAAGCUGCACAACAGAGGACAUUCUUCUUGUAAGCUUUGACUAAUGUUCUUGUUGCUUUGUUGCACUGAAGUAAAAUUCCCUAUCCCCCCCCUAGGUAUUUUGAACUUUGAAAGAAUUUCAGUAACUAAUUUUUGUCAAUGUGUAACUAUUUACAUACAAUGAUUUUAUCAACCUGAGAGAAAUUAUAUAGUUGAUGCACAAUUAAUUUUGUUACAAAUUGGAGACAUGCAUAGGAAAACUGGAGACUUAAUCCAUUUACAAACUAUUUGAUUUGUACCAAUUGGAACAUGAAACAGGAUCUUUUGUUUGGGUUAGUUUAUGCUUGCUCUGUGAGUUUGAUCUUAAAGCAAAUGUCAAGAAACUGACCAAGACUUUUUUUUCCCUUUUACUUGAGCUUCUACUGAUUAAAUAUUUCAGAUCUAUUAUCAAGUGGGGCUUGGCAAGCUUUGUCUUUAGAAAUUUCCUUUGUAAUGAGAUUUGGCCACUUUUGGUAAUCCAGCCAGGGUGGUAAUGUCUGGUUCGGCUAAAAUAAUUUUCUCUUGCUAAUUGCGUUCUCUGUGUGUCCUUGACCUACUCGUUCUCUAAGGAAACCUCGCGUUUCAGUGAGUUCCAAGGCUGCUGGGGAACCAGAUCGAUUUGAAGGGAAAGACUUCUUUCAGAAAAGGGGCCAGUCUGGCAACUGUUGGUGGUGGGUUUGGCCUUCACCCAGUGCCUGUGAGCACCUCAUGGGUGCUCAUGGCUCUAGACAGCUGAGCUUGCGCUGCCGUCAGUCCUUGUAAGCAGUCAGAUAGUCUGGGCUGGACCAGCAGUCUUCCCCAUUGGCAGGCCUUUAUUCAUAACUUUCUAUGCCACUGGAGAUAGCUCAGGCAAAGCUAUUACCUGGUUGCUUAUCCACUAAUGAGUCACAUUAAAAGUGAAUGGAUUUGGUAGGAAUAAGUAUCGUUUUUAUUUAUACAACUUCCCGCUACUGCCAAUGACUAACAAAUAAAGAAACACUACCGCUAUCACACUUACUCAAACAGGUGAAACCUGGGUUACAGCCUUCCUACUUUGGGUAGCCAAUCUCCUGGUGUGAUAGUCUGGAAGAGCAUGAAUUACACAAUCGGGGUGUAACCGUUGACCUGUCCUUAACUGUGUGCAUCAUUAGUGGAAAGACCCAGCUGUAUUUAGACCUCCACUGUGUACUGAGCUGGAAGAACAUGCUGAUUCUGCAAUAUGUCUCUUGGUUAAACAUUGCACAGUUCUUACCUCAUUUCUGUAAAUAAAGUUUUGUGAAUCUGUUUUGUAUUGUGAAAAAUUCCUAAGAUAAACAUUGAUAUUUUGGUUUGUAAUAUUUCUAAUUGGUAGAUUUAAAUGAAAGUAAAAUUAAUUUAUUUUUAUAUGUUCGGGGGAAUUUUAAAGAAAGUCAAAUCUUUUGUAGAUAAAAAAAUCAGUGUGGUUUAUUUUACAACCCACAGGUGGUUACUCUGUAAGAGUUUGUAUAAAUGGUAACUUUUGAAUGUGUUGCUAUUUUACCUAGAUGUGAAAUUCCACAUGUACUACAGAGAAUGUACAAGGUUUUGUUAAUAAAAUUUAUAAAUGUU